CAUGUCCGCCUCACACCGCUAGGGUUGGGGGUUCGAUUCCUGUCGCUGCCGUGUAUGAAUGUGUAUGUGAUUGUGCCCUGCGAUGGAUUCGCACCCUGUCCAGGGUGUACCCUGCCCCAUGCUCCCUGGGAUAGGCUCCAAGUUCCCCCUGACCCUGAAGGAUAAGCGGUAUAGAAGACGGAUCAUUUACACAUUUGAAUGACUAUGUUUUUGAAUGUGUUCAUAUGAAAUUAAACAUGACCUCAUAUGGGCAUUGUUUCGACUCAAGACAGCUGCUAUUUGCUAGUCUAUAAGUCACGUUUUAUAACAACAAACAAACUCAAAAUGAUAAUCUCUCACUUCAGCCUUUACGCGUAUAGACGUCAACCCGCUGAAUGUCGCCCACGUGGUCCGUUACCAUGCCGCCCUGUUCUCUCCUCCUAUUGGCUGCUCGAGCCUGGCGUUUUAUUUAUUACGGACACGCGCGACUGCGCAUUUAUCUUGGCUAAAACCCGGAGAGGUAAUAAGAGAAAAUAGAGGUGUAUAAAUACCUGGUGGUAUUGCAGUGUUAUUUGUGAGAGUUUUAGGGACUAUAGCAGCAGUUAUAGUUCAUUCAAGUGUCAUUCGGCUACGGUUUGUAAUUUUCUUUAUUUAGUAUUAUAUCUAGGUAUUCUGUUCUGGAUGUAGCUCGUAUUUUAUUUUUAUUUUAUUUAUUUUUACAGCAGAAUAAAAGAUAUUUGUCCACCAUACAGAUCCCUCUGGACUCCAUAAAGCCUCUCUGUCACUCUGCACUGCACUUUGUGUUGUUACUACACGUAACAUACUUGCAUACUUUGUACAUGGUUUUUUGUCUUUUUUGCACAUUCCUGUACAAAUAUUUCUUAUUCACUUCUGAUGUAUAAUUUUGUUAUUUAAAUGCACAGUCUAAUGAGAAGUACGACAGAUUUUUAUUUCACUGCAAGUUGUACAUAUCUGUGUAUGUGACAAAUAAAAAUCUUGACUCUAUUUUGAUUGUGGACUAACGAUCGUUUGGAUUUUGCUCCGCGUUUUGCCUGUAUCCGUCCUGGGCGGAGUUACACCGGUUAUGGGCGGUGUCAGGGGCGGUGUUAUCUACUACAGGGCUGUGCUGUGGGUCUGAUGUGGUUACUGCUCAGGCGCUCACAGCCCGCCAUCUUGUUGCGGCUCUACUACGUGUGUGGAAGAGUUCCUACAAGAGGAGGGGGGGUCAAGUUGCAUUUUCUUUUUUCCCCCCUUCCUUUUAAGUUGAGAUCCAGGGUGCCGAACGACAGCUUUUUCUUUUUUUUUUUUUGCUCCAAAGCAGGAACUGCUUAACUGUUUUAUUUUGCGGAACUAAAAUAAUAAAACAGAGAUGAGUAUCGAGACGCUUUUGGAGGCAGCCAAGUUUUUAGAAUUGCAAGCCCAGCAACAACAGAAAACACGUGAAGAGAACGAGCUUCGGGAGAGACUGCGCCUCGAACAGGAAGCAGGGAAGCGAAGAGCGGAAGCACCCCACUGCAUUCAAGCCACACAUGCUAAUCACCUGACCUCGAGGGAGGAGUUGAGUCCAGAGCAUAACCACGCCCCUCCGUCAGCCCUGUCCUCUCCUCCCCCUCCUGCCCCCUCCAUUCCAAUCACAGUCAUUCCCAUUCCUGUGGUGUCGUCAAACCCGACCAUAUCACCUGCAUCCCCCCACCUCAGUGUGCCCCAAAAAGACACCCACUCACUCCAAUCUCAGCAUCUACUUCCCCAACGUGCAGUCCUACCCCCUCAAACUAAUGGCCCAAAACUUGCCCAGCCAUACCCUGGGUCCAUCAUUAGAGCUUCCCAGCAUACUCUGCUCCCCCAUCCAACAAACACCCCAGCACAGCCAAGCCUCAUGGCCAAAACCAGCCCUCCUGAUGAUCACCAUGGCCUGGAUGGCAAGAAAAGACCCGGAGGGGCAGGAACAAGGGAAGUACAUAACAAGCUUGAAAAAAACAGACGUGCACACUUGAAGGAAUGCUUUGAAACCCUCAAGAAGAACAUCCCUAAUGUUGAUGAGAAAAAAACCUCCAAUCUGAGUGUGCUGAGAAGUGCGCUAAGAUACAUUCAGACUUUGAAGAGGAAAGAGAAGGAGUAUGAGCAUGAGAUGGAGCGCCUGGCCCGUGAGAAGAUCUCCACACAACAGAGGCUGGCUGAGCUGAAGAACGAGUUCAGCCAGUGGAUGGACAUGAUGGAGGUUGAGAGGCUUCUGCGUCAGACCGUCCAGCCCGAAGAUGACCAAGCAUCCACGUCCACAGCCUCAGAAGGUGAAGAUAACAUGGACGAGGACAUCGAGGAAGAGGGUGUGCUGACCCCGCCUCGCUCCUUACCCAGAGUGCCUCAGCCAGAGCUCAGGAAGCUAUCGCCAUCUCUGCCCCAAACUCUUUCUGUCCCCUCCAAGCCCUUCCAACCUCCACCAUCUGCUACUGCGUUCUCUGCCUUGGCCCCUGCCCAGCCUUCCUCACCCUCACUCUCCUUGCCCCCUGCACAGGCAGCAGUGACCCAGCAGCCCCAGGCCAUGGUGGCCCCUCAGGGCCUGGCAUAUGGGCAUAUUGUAGCCACUCCCAGCAUCCAGCCAACAGUAAUCACACAUGCUUCUUCACAUGCCUCUGUCAUCCAAGCUGUCAAUCAAGUCACCCAGACGGGCACCAAGCACAUAGCCCACAUCGCCCCCUCCUCCACCUCUUCCCUGUCCUCUUCCACCAGCGCCAUACAGCUGGCACCUGGACCUCAAACCAUCGGGCACAUCACGGUGCACCCGGUGACGCACCUUCCCACACUGUACCCACAACCAGUCACCAUCUCACACACCCUCUCACACGCCCAGGCCAAUGGCACCACAGUGUUGGCCAAACAGACGCCCGUUGGGCAUCAGGUGCUCUCACAUCACCCACAGCUGGUGGGCCAGACUGUCCUCAACCCGGUUACCAUGGUGACCAUGCCCUCCUUCCCUGUCAGCACACUGAAGCUGGCAUGAGAGAACAGGCUGAUGUGGACUCUGAACUUACUGGCACAAGCCCCUGUUAGUCACAUCCAGCAUUACAGCAGACAAAAGCAGUACAUUCCAAAUAUAAACAAAUCUAUGAAGAGUCUAAGAUAAAUCUAUCUAAAUUUAUAUACAUCUAUGUUAUGUUGUAUGGUAAAAGGAAAAAAAAGAUUUUGUAUCCUUUUUGUGUGGAUAAAAUUAGAUUGUGAUGUUCUCUUUCAUGCUGCUAUGUAUGUAUGUGUGUGUGUGUGUGUGUGUGUGUGUGUGAGAGAGAUGGUGAACAGAAAGGUGGAUGAAAUGGCAAAAAUAUAUCAAAAUAGCUCGACAUUUUUAACAAUAUAAUUUUUAUCAUAUUUAUAUUUCUCACAAAGUGCCAGGAAAUUAACAGUGCUACAGUUUUAAAAAACUGUACAAGAUCUGAUUAUAUUUGGAUCCUAAAGUAUAUAACCACAGAACAGAAGGGGGGUUGGGGAAGUAACCAUUUAGUACAAAUAUAUAAUGUAACUUACAAUCAGUUACAUUUUAAGGGUAGUAACAAUAAAAUUGGUUAUUGUCACAAAAUAAUUGUCAUAAAUUUGGGAGUCAUGUGGUAACCAUGACGAUCUCGGCAGGGUACUACUGUAUGUCUUGUGCCUGAUAGUAUAGAUUGCGCUCUGUGGUUGUAGCGCAGAACGUUAAUGUACCUCAGUCUCAUCAGCUAAUAGAACACAGUUCUCACAGUCAAUGUUUUGAAAUGUGAUCACUUGAGUUUCAAAAUUGAGUUCUAGAGCUGUAUAAGUUUUCUAUCUGCCCUUUUAUAUGGCAUGUAUUCAAAGUUUUUAGUCCACCCUUAUCAGAAAGUAUCUUUGCAGGAGUUCAGCAUGCAAUUCUCUUGAAUGUUUUCUGGCGUCUUUCCUAUCUUGCAUUCAGGGCGUUACAUUAUUGCUUUUUUAAUUGUAUGUCGUGCGUUUUGGACUGAGGGACUCAAGUGAAAUCUCCUCCUGUGCCUUUAACCAUAUCUCUGUGGUUCUCUUCAAUGCUGCACAGAUGUCCUCUGGUGUCCUCUCUCUGUAACUGCACUCUCAGCUAACACACCAGCCAUUAGCUGCAGAACUUCAAUUCUGCUCGAGUGCCUAUAGUCUAACCAGCACAACAUGAGGUCACAGGUCUAUAGCCAUCACUGUGCCAUGGAGGGGUUACAAUAUAGUGAAAGAAUUAAGUAUGAGAUCCUGAACUUUAUUGUGAAUGUACUUUUUCUGCGUUCAGAUGGAACACAUUCAAUGCCUUCAUCAUGGUGUAGCUGAUAAAUGUGAGCUUUAUGUUUGGUAGGAGUGCAUAGUCAUUGUUACUAGGGAGGUUGUGUGUAUGUAUGUGUGUGUGCUUGUGGUGGGUGUGUAUGGCAUAUUCUACUUUGUCAACUUCCAUCUGAUUAAUGCUGAUUAAUUUGACUGUAUGUGUUUGAUAGUGUGUUUGUGAUUUUAAUAGUACAUGGUGGAAAUGCAAAGAAGAGAUACAAUACAUCAUCCAAAGCUUCUGUGAAAACUUCAGGUUGUAACAAGAAGGUGAUCCUGUAGGAGUGUAAAUCCAGAAAGACAGGUGUGUAGAACCCCAUCACUGAACUACUCAAAGGUGGUGGAUAUUUAUAAUACGUCAAUCCAGACGCUUUUGUCCUUACUGAACCACACUGAAUACUCCACAGACCUGAAAGUCCAACCUAGCCUGGGUGUCCUCUGAGAUUUGACUCACAAACCUCAAACACUGUGAUAUUGCUCAUGUGACCCACAAAAGAACAGCCCAAGUUUACAAUAUCGAUAUUACCAAGUACUCA